AAAAAAGUCUUUCUUUCUCCCCCAUCUUUGUUUCUAAGCCUUUUCAUUCGAUAAAAUCUUUCUUUCGUCCCAUCUUUGUGUUUCCAAACCUUCUCAUUCAACAAAAUCUUGAAGAGAGAGGAAAAUGGAUUCGGGACUAUCUUGGGCUGAUCAAUGGGAUUACAACUCUGAUCCUCCUCCAAAUUCAUCUAAAGACGAUGAUAAGAAGAAGAAAAAGAAGGAAGACGGAAGCAAAACCAGUUUGGGAAAGGCCUUCAAAUGGGUGAAGGAACUUCGCAAGAAAUCUGAUAAGUAAUGAAUAUAGGGUUUAUGGUUUUUAGUAAUUUGUGUCGAGUGAUUAAUCCAUUAAGCUUUGUAAUUCUCUUUUCCAUUGUUCUAAUUACAAUUGCCAAAUCUUUUAAAAUUUAUAAAGUUAUGUUGGUU